GAGGAAGGACCUCCUGUGGAAAGACAUAGAGAUGGUAUUCUCAGAGUACCCAGUGAAUCAGAUAGUGACCUCCCUGGUCUCCAACACACAGGAGUCGUCACUGUCUCUGAGGGAGAGGACGGCGAGAAUUGACAUCAGGAGGGAUGUGGAGAAACUCAAGUUUAAGUAUGAAGGCAAUGGAAGGCUGACAGAUGUGUCCUCGGCUCCAUCUUUACUACAGAGUGUCCAUCAACUGCUGGAGGAGUCCCAGUUGAAUCACAUCAAGAAAUUUGUGGAGACAGAGAAACACAAGAAUCAGUGUGUGCGUAUCCACCAGCAGUUAGAGCAGCUGAGGGCAGAGGUAGACCAGCAGUUUAAGUCCCAAAUACAGGGUAACCCAGGGGCUCUGGACUUGGCCAGGUCCUUGUUCGAGACAGAGCUGAGCGUGGCUGGAUCAAGGGCAGCUCUUGCUUGCUUGGAGGACAGAAACACAGAGUUAAAACUCCGCGUCAGUCAGUCUGCUAAGGAGAAGGAGAUUCUGCUUGCCAAAUAUCAGCAGAUACAGGAUUUUAGGAAAUUGGCUGACAGCAAGCAGGGAGUGAUCAGAGUUCUGGUGAAACAGAACACUAAUGCUGCCAGCAGAUUGGCAGAGCAACAGAUUGCGAUCCAGCAGUAUGUCCAAAGGUCACUGUCCACCCAUGAAGUGGACGUGAAGACCAAUGUGACCCAUCUUAAGGAUCAUGUUAUUAAGGAGGUGGACGCCUUUGCCGCCCUGGCCUUGCCAUACCUUAUGUACACUGUGUUAGAGAGUGCCCAGAAGUUAGCUGUGAUUGACCUGUCCAUCAACAGACUGACCGGUCCAGGUGCUGGCCACAACCAACAGCUACAGCAGGUGCUCAACGCUCUGGAGUUUCCUGUCUUCAAGGCUCCUGAGUGUCUCCUGCGGAAGGCCAUGGAGGUGAAGAUGGAGAUAGAUGACAUGAACGCCCAGCUUGAGAGCCAUGAAGUGCUAGGCAGACUGCUGAGGGGGGCAGAGAGAGACCAGGCCCUCACUGUGGAUCACAUAGCAGGAUUAUGCCAGGAAGUAGAAGAGAAUGACAGGAAGCAACUGGAUGCUUUAUUACCAGUUCUGCAGAAAAGGAUUUCCAGAGCAAGUCAGGCUUUAGCCGAGUGUCUUGAAGUGAAGGACUGUGUGCAAGCUUGCACGGUAGAACUUACCAGCAGUGGAGAGAUCAGUGGACUGUGACUGUCACAAAGUUAAGACAGUUACAAGUACAACAGCAGUGAAAUACCCAACUGUGACAGUCACAAAGUUAAGACAGUUACAAGUACAACAGCAGUGAAAUACCUACUGUGACUGUCACAAAGUUAAGACAGUUACAAGUACAACAGCAGUGAAAUACCCAACUGUGACAGUCACAAAGUUAAGACAGUUACAAGUACAACAGCAGUGAAAUACCUACUGUGACUGUCACAAAGUUAAGACAGUUACAAGUACAACAGCAGUGAAAUACCCAACUGUGACAGUCACAAAGUUAAGACAGUUACAAGUACAACAGCAGUGAAAUACCUACUGUGACUGUCACAAAGUUAAGACUGUUACAAGUAUAGUUACAAGUAAUAAUACCCCCUGUGAAGAGUUUUGUUACUAAACUUGUCUAAAGUAGCAGAAACAGUGAGGAGAAAUUGACCUUCACAAAUGUAUGUCAGCAAUGUGAUAUUCAACAGUAAAAAAAAAAAAAGUCUGGGCUUAUUAAUAUAGUGUUUUUGCAAGAAAUCUGUAGUCUAUUAGGCAGGGCACUUGCCUGGAGUCACGGACUAUUUAUUUUGA